UUAUUAAGGUAUAUAGCUCAACCAGAAAUCCAAGAUAGAGGCAGAUUAAAAAAAAAAAAAUCAGUGGGUUGUCUCCUCUCCCAAGACCUCUCUGCCUCUCCAAAACCAAAAACCACAAACAACUUAUUCCUACAUAUUCAGAAGAUCAAUGUGGAGGCUGAAGAUUGCAGAGGGUAGUAAUGGCAAUGAGUCUUUCCUCUUUACCACAAACAACUUCGUGGGGAGACAAACAUGGGAGUUUGACGCCGAUGCCGGUACACCUGAGGAGCGAGCCGAGGUUGAAGACGCCCGUCUUAAUUAUUACAACAACCGCCAUAACAUCAAGCCCUGCAGCGACCUCCUAUGGCGAACGCAGUUUUUAAGAGAGAAAAAUUUCCAACAGACAAUUCCCCAAGUGAAGCUUGAGGAUGGUGAGGAAAUUACAUAUGAAACUGUCACAACCACGUUAAGGAGAGCCACCCACUUCUUUUCAGCUUUGCAGGCCACCGACGGCCAUUGGCCUUCUGAAAUUUCUGGCAUAUCAUUUUCCCUUCCUCCAUUUAUCAUUUGUCUAUACAUUACAGGGCAUCUUAAUACUAUAUUCACUACAGAACAUCGCAAAGAAAUCCUUCGAUAUAUAUACAAUCAUCAGAACAAAGAUGGUGGAUGGGGAUUACAUAUAGUGAGUCAUAGUAGUAUGUAUGCUACAACUUUGCACUACAUUAGCAUGCGUAUACUUGGAGAAGAAGGUGAUGGUGGUGAGGGUGACGCUUGUGCGAGAGCACGAAAGUGGAUUCUCGACCAUGGUGGUGUAACACAUAUACUAUCUUGGGGAACGAUUUGGCUUUCGAUACUUGGUGUGUAUGAAUGGUCUGGAUGCAAUCCGAUUCCUCCAGAGUUUUGGAUGUUUCAUCCUUUUCUUCCGAUUGAUCCUGCAAAAUUGUGGUGCCAUAUACGGAUGCAUUAUUUACCUAUGUCAUAUUUGUACGGAAAGAGGUUUGUUGGCCCCACAACACCUCUCAUUUUACAAUUGAGAGAAGAGCUCUACAUUCAACCAUAUGAUAGUAUUAAUUGGAGGAAAGCAAGACACUUAUGUGCGAAGGAGGAUCUCUAUUAUUCUAAAACAUGGAUGCAAGAUUUACUUUGGGAUAGUCUUUACAUAAUCAUUGAGCCCGUUCUUACUUGUUGGCCUUUUAACAAGUUGAGAAAUAAGGCUCUUCAAGUAGCGAUGAAAUACAUUCAUUAUGAAGAUGAGAAUAGUCGGUAUCUUACCAUUGCAGGGGGGGUAAAGCCAUUAUUGAUGCUCGCUUGUUGGGUGGAAGAUCCACAUGGGGAUUCCUUUAAGAAGCAUCUUGCUAGGAUCGAUGAUUUCUUAUGGAUUGCAGAAGAUGGAUUGAAGAUGACUUCUGCUGGCCAGGUUUGGGAUGCUUGCUUUGCCAUCCAAGCUUUGCUCGCUACUAAUCUCAGUGAUGAAAUCGGACUAACACUAAUGAAAGGACACGACUUUUUAAAGAAAUCCCAGGUCAAGGAUAAUCCUUCUGGCGACUUCAUAAGCAUGUUUCGUCACAUUUCUAAAGGAGGGUGGGCUUUCUCUGAGCAAGAUCAAGGUUGGCAAGUUUCUGAUUGCACUGCAGAAGCUUUAAAGUGUUGUUUGUUGCUAUCUAUGCUUCCAUCAGAAAUGGUCGGUGAGACAAUGGAUCCCGAGUGCGUAUAUGAUUCAGUCAAUGUCAUACUUUCUCUGCAGAGUAAAAACGGAGGAGUGGCAGGCUGGGAGCCGGCAGGUGCAGCAUCAUGGUUGGAGCUUCUCAAUCCUGUAGAAUUUCUCGAGGACACUGUCAUUGAGCAUGAGUAUGUUGAGUGCACUUCAUCAGCAAUGCAGGCAUUAGUUUUGUUCAAGAAAUUAUAUCCAGAGCAUAGGAAAAAAGAGUGCAAAAUUUUCAUCUCAAAUGCUGUACACUACCUUGAAGAUAUACAAAUGCCUAAUGGUUCAUGGUACGGAAGUUGGGGAAUUUGCUUCAUAUAUGCAACUUGGUUUGCGCUCGUAGGGUUAGAAGCUGCUGGCAAGACUCACCAAAAUUGUCUUGCCAUGCGCAAAGGCGUACUAUUUCUACUCAAAACACAAAACGAAGAUGGUGGUUGGGGAGAGAGUUAUCUUUCUUGCCCAAACAAGGAUUAUAUGCCUCUCGAAGGAAAUCGAUCAAAUUUGGUGCAAACUGCGAUGGCUUUGAUGGGGCUAAUUCAUGCUCAGCAGGCAGAGAGAGACCCUACUCCUCUUCAUCGUGCGGCAAAGCUGUUGAUCAAUUCUCAAAUGGAGAAUGGUGAUUUCCCCCAACAGGAACUUGUAGGGGCUUUUAUGAAGAAUUGCAUGGUGCAUUAUGCACUUUUUAGGGAUACUUUCCCGCUGUGGGCUCUUGCGGAAUAUCGUAAUCUUGUUUCACUGCCCACCGAAUCCCUUUAAACUACAUAUGUUGUGGAUUACAUAAUAAUUAAUUAAUUAGGAGAAUAAAAUGGGUGAAAUAAGGCAUGAAAAAUAAUGAAUUUGUAAACAAUAAGCCAUAUUUCAAGCAAAAGACUAGUUGUGGUGCUAUUCUACUGUACAUUUGUAAUUGAUUUACAAUACAACAGUAAUACUGUUUAAUCACUUGAUCAACAUUUAAUAUUUUUCCUCA